AUGUGCCGCAAGCAGCCCGGCAUCGCCAUCGGUCGCCUCUGCGACAAGUGCGACGGAAAGUGCCCGGUGUGCGACUCUUACGUCCGUCCCACGACCCUCGUCCGCAUCUGCGACGAGUGCAGCUUCGGAAACUACCAGAACAAGUGUGUCGUCUGCGGAGGCGAGGGCAUCUCCGACGCCUUUUACUGCUUCGAGUGCACGAGACUGGAGAAGGACCGUGAUGGAUGUCCCAAGAUUAUCAAUCUGGGUAGUUCAAGAACAGACUUAUUCUACCAGAAAAAGACGAAUCGGACGCCAAAUUAUUAG